AUGCUUGAAGAUCGUAAACAAGAAGUUGGAGACUAUACUCUUGGACGUACAUUAGGUAAAGGAACAACAGGAAAAGUAAGGAUUGCAACAAAGCAAGGAUCAGGACAACAAUAUGCCAUUAAAAUCGUAAAAAAAUCAUUAUUCGAAGCAAAGCCCCAAUUAGAAACAAAAAUUAGAAGGGAAGUCGGUUUGAUGAGACUUUUAAAUCAUCCUCAUCUUCUUAAGUUUGAGGAAUGCUUUGAAUCUCAUCGUCAUUUUUAUAUUGUACUUGAGUAUGCCGAAAAUGGCGAACUCUUCGACUUCUUAAUUAAACGAAAAUCGCUUACACUGGAAUGUGGAAUGCAUUUCUUCCACGAAUUGCUUUAUGGCUUAGAAUAUUUACAUGAACACGCUAUUUGCCAUAGAGAUCUUAAACCCGAAAAUAUCCUCUUGGAUCAGUUCAACCACAUCAAGAUUGCAGACUUUGGAUUUGCACGCUGGAUGCGUUCAAAUAUUGCAGAAACAUCUUGCGGUUCUCCACAUUAUGCAGCUCCCGAAGUUAUAAAGGGAAGCACAUAUGAUGGAAGAGCUGCAGAUAUUUGGUCUCUUGGCGUCAUUUUAUUCGCUUUACUUGCAGUAUGUAUUAUUUUUUUUAAUACAUCACGCAAAUCAAACAUAGCUACCGUAACUUAA